ACACACUAUGGAGCCUUUUUGCAUUGCUGGGUCAGACUGGGCGUGUUACCAGAUUGAUCAAUGUGACAUGAUGAUGUAUUCACUGGAGCAUGAAAUACUUAUGGCAGAACUAGCUGACUGGAAUCUCACCUUGUUUUUUUUACUUUUGUUAAUUAAUAUUUCUAAUUAUUCACAUUAGAAGACAUUUGAUCACAAACUAUUCUCCUUUCUCAAAACUUUUUUUUUCAGUCAAUAAGCUGCAACAGCUGAAAUAAUGAUAUUCCCACAAUGCAACAGAGCUGCUUUCCUUUUGUUUUCUGAAUCAAGUGAUUGUUCUUUCAAAGAGGCAGCAUCACUCUCUAUAUUUUAAUGCUGACACUUUUUUUUUUUUUGGAAUUCAUAAUACAAUUUCGGUUGCUCUGAAAUGAUUUCAGCUAUUAGUGAUGGACUUAGUUAAAGAAAGUACCGUCUGUCUGAACACAGUAUUUCAUUGUAAAGAGAUUCUUACUCUGAAGAAGCCAAUAGAGCUUUUUGUCAUUGUGUGCAUUUAGUAAAGUAACUGAAGUAAAUGAUAUUGAAGCAGAAUCAGGGGAGCGAAGAGGCAGUGCGCCCUCUUCUGUUUGCAGCCAGAAACAACAUCCAAGCUUCACCUGAGUGCUCACAUGAGAACAUGUGGAACCUGAAGCAGCCUGCAGCUCUCAGAUGGUAUGAACACUGAGAAUAAGACGUUGUGUGUGAGGACGAGCCACGAGCAGGAAGCAGGCUGCUUUUUGUUCAAAUGCUGCAGCAUAUGCUUUGGCCAGAAAGCAGCAUUUGUUCUGCCUGGUGUGUAUGGGCUAAUUAAGUGAAGUGUUAUUCUGAUGGUUUUCACUCACUUCAUAUUCAUCAUUUGCGUUCUGAUAUUGAACACGAACUGUUAUGCAUGCAGCAACACUUUGAAUAUUGCCAAGAAAUUUGCAGGCUGGGACACAUACACGUGUGUGUGUGUGUGUGUUUGUGUGUUUGCUGAAGCCAGGCUAGCACCUCCUCCAUAGAAAGACAUGUGGACAGGGACAGACAGACAGACAGGGACAGACAGACAGACAGGGACAGACAGACACACAAGGUGCAGAGAGGAGGAUCUGCAGCUGGAGGAAACAGCUGUCAGGUCACACUGUCUCCUUGGAUCACAUUGAUUUUAUAGAUUUAAUGAAGAAAGGGAAUCUGGAUUCAAACAACAACAUUUCUAACAUGGGAAAAAGCGAAAUGCACAAUAAUAACAAAAAAAUGAAGAACAUAAUGAACCCUGAACAUUUUCUUUUUUCUUUCCUCCACAUACAAUAUAUUGCACAGACAUCUGCACUGUACCUAUCUCGCUGAUGCACAUAGAAGCAUGUGAGGUCGCUUGAUAUAUAUUGACAUUUCUUGACUUUCAUGGGAGAUGAAUUGUUUUUUCCAGAUGUAUUAAUAAAUAUACUCACUAGGUUUGAAAUGCAGAACAUCAUUUCUAUGAGACGCAUUUAGAGCUGCGUCUGUGCUCUUAAAGAUUGAAUACUCUUUGAUUACUGGGGUCAUGAGAUUUUUUGGUCCUUAAAAUAGGGUCCGAAACAUAAAGAAAUAAGGAAAGAGAGGACUAAACAAUGACUAACCAGCUCUUCUCUCCUGUUCCCUGCUGGCUCGCAGCGCUGAGCUGUAACGAGAACGACGGGGAGUCCAUGGACCGGGACUCACAGUACAGCUCCAGUCAGAAGACCAAGCGCAUGCGGACGUCCUUCAAGCACCACCAACUGAGGACCAUGAAGUCCUACUUCGCCAUCAACCACAACCCAGACGCCAAGGACCUCAAGCAGCUUGCCCAGAAGACGGGCCUCACCAAGCGGGUCUUACAGGUCUGGUUCCAAAAUGCUCGGGCCAAGUUCAGGAGGAACCUGCUGCGGCAGGAGAGCACCGGGGGGGACAAGGCAUCGGACGGCUCCACGCUGCAGGGCGGGACGCCGUCGGGCCCGGUCUCGGAGAUCUCCAACGCUUCCAUGAGCCCCUCCAGCACCCCCACCACCCUGACAGACUUGACCAACCCCACCAUGCCCACUGUCACCUCCGUGCUCACCUCCGUGCCGGGCGGCAUGGACGUCCACGAGUGCCGGAGCCCCACACAGACCACGCUGACCAGCCUCUUCUGAUGGACGGAGCCGCCUUCACCACAGCCUCACCGCUACCCCUCCCCCCCCACAUUUCCGCUCCACACUACUGGAUCUAAAACUGAGCAUUGUUGACUACUUCGAUUAGAAAAGAGAAGGUAACGGAAACAUUAAAAAGAUUAUUUCACUCUGCUCUGAGCCCAUUAGAGACUAUUUGCAUAGUGAGGCGGCCGAGCCUUACAGUUGGAACAGUUGUCGUUAUUUUGAUGUUGUUGUCUUGUCGAGAACUGAGGAGACUUGAUUUGUAUUUUUCAAUGUUUACAGAAAGAGACUGCGGGGAAAAAGAAACUGCUUAAUUUUUAAUUCAUUCAUUUUUCCAGCACAGUAUUUAUGUUGUUGUACAAGAGUCACUGUUAGAAGGAUUGUAAAAAAUCUUUUUUGAAAAUCUGAGAUUAAACACAGGUUACAAUAUCCUACGACUGCCAUGUGCCUUACAGUCCAUUCUAUCGAUCAGACACCAAUGAUCAACUCGGAAGAGAGUGUAGGGGGAAUGACUUAUUGUGUGUGUGUGUGUGCGUGUGUGUGUGUGUGUUAUGGUUAGCUCCAUGUUUUGUGUGUGUGUCCGCACAUGUGUAGUUUACUUACAUUGAUAAACAUUCUGCUUUGAUUUCAAAUGUUCCUGAUGAGUUACUAAUUAUAUUUAAUAUAGUUUAAUAAGAAUAAUUAAAGUAAUUAUUCUCUUCGUCUAGAAUCUUUUUCCCCAUCUUGUCAGGAAGCAAAUUGAAGGCCUUUACACACCGGGAGCGUCUUUUUCUGUUUGUAUUGCACAACAUGUUGUUUUGAACUGUUAUUCUUGUCAUAAAUGCUUUAACACCAACUCAGCAGGUUGUGCAGAACAGGUUGAGUUGCACCUAUAUUAAUAAAAGAGAACGCAGAGGCGUUCAUUCGUCCCCCGCUGUGUGUGAAGGCCUUUAAGCAGAGUUGAAAGCUGCUGUGCAUGAGGACACAGUGUUGAAUGCACUGUUAGCCGAACACAUGCAGGUCAACCAAGACAGGGACAUUUCAGACAUAAAUCUUAGACUUUUAAUGUGAAUUCCCUACCAAAUGCAUUUAUUUAUUUAUUAUUAAGACAUUAUUUAGCUUUCAAUAGUCUUAUUUGUCAUUUUGCAUCCCUGCCCCGUGCACUGAUGAGGCUACUGUUUUUAGCUUGUAGGGUAAAACAACAAUAAUCCACAUAUUACAUUACAAUAAGACAAACUCUGCUGUUCUUCCCUGUGCACAGACAAUUUAAGUUUUAAACCAGUAACAUCAUCUGAAACAUUUUAAGUGAAAAAUAUCUAUUGUUAGGGUGUCCCUCAAGAUAAAUCCAAGAAUAGCUUUCAUUAGUAGUGAAAUUAGGCAGAAUUAUCUCACAUUAACCUGUUCAAGGAAGGUUGAGUUCAGAUGGUCUGUGCAGGCGGAGGAGAGCUGCUGGUGCGACCCACGGAUCAGUCCCAGACUGCUGUCGUCAUCCUGAUUGAGCUCCUCUUGCUGUGCAGCGUUUGCCCAUUCUUGUGCACAUCCCCUGGAAAGAAAUGAAUCUCUAUUCAUUUUAACACUUUCUUUUCCAAGAUAUCUGUACACAGAGAGGUGCAUUGCUCUGCUUGCUCAAAGGUAUUUGAGCAAGUAUUUGUGACCAGAGCUAUGGGUGGUAUUGCAUGUAUAAAUCCAUCCUAAACAGGAGUUUUGAUACAUUUCUGCAUCUUGUAUUUUUCCCACUUCGGUGUGGUGAAAAAUUUAGGAUGUCAAUACAGGAAAGGUUAGAGGAAACCAUUCCACUAAAAAGCCCCAACAUUGAAAUCAUGGCAGCAGACAAAAAACACCUCAGACAUUCAUCUUUUUUGAUUUGUUGACUUUUUUUCGUGCUUUUUCUUCCACUGAAAUGCAAACCAGACAGCCGAUACAUUAUGUUUCAAUUUGCUUUGAAGGCAGUGAGUUGACAUCACUCACACUGUGUGGGGUGGCCUACAAGGCCCUGGUGGCUUCGCUGUCUUUCUUUAAAUAUUUGACAUUGUGAAGACAGACGGUCAUGGGAAAAGCAGGUUGACCCCCAGCAGAGAUCCCUGGCCCAAUCAAAAUUGAGCCUUCAAUUUUUGGUUUGGUCAUAUUUCUAACAGCGGCAGCACAGACCUCUACACAGGGAGGCUUUUUUUUUUUGUUCAACUGUUUUUUGUUGUUCUUUUCACAUGGAAUCCAAAUAUUUUGCAGGAAAAAAGCGACUUCACGAGAGUGAAGGCAUCACAUUGUGAGAAACGGGUUGAGGUGCCACUAUAAGUGUUAUAAAACAACAACAAGAAAGCUCCCUAGUCCGAACCAA